AUGGGACGAAGGCGACAGCAUGUGUUGUUUCUGAAUACCGGUAAUGGGAUGCUCGUCCAUCCUCCUGCCACCCUCCUGCCACAUCUCUUUGCCCACAUCUCCUCCAACUGCUCUUGCAUCCUCUACCACCCACAGGCUCUACCAUCGCAGAUUACAACACCACGUCAUUUGACGGCGCGUGUCGCUUCUGCGAUGCCACAGCCUCAGCAAACGACGUACCCGCUGCACGGGUUUUUGAACCCACCUUGCAAAACCCUAACCCGCGAAAACCCGUAUCCGUGCCUGCGGGGGAUACCAAUCAAUAUAUUUCGUGUCGAGGGUCCGUUACCCUUAUCAUCCAUACUCAGCACCUCGUCUGGAGCGAGUAACGUCGCCCCAAGCCACGAACAGUCUAUACCCUCCGAAGUCGACCUUGUUGAAGAGAAUGAAGUUUCGCAGAUUUUAAUCAUGAAUGAAACUGAGCCCUAUAUUUACGCCGAGCACACAGAUGUAGUCCCAGCGCCAGAUGCAGCUGACGAGUCGCUUGCAGCCUUAGCCAGUCUUGCGCCGACGCCGCAGCCUGAGCUGACCUCCAAGCCCGAGCUCCAGGAGGGGAACGCGGAGAUCCUUAGGUACACUUCCAUUCCCGGGGCUUUGCACAUCCAAAAUACCCCCCCUCCCCAGCACGCUACAGUCCCACCUACAGUGGCCAUGGAAUACUCCAGAGAUCCGCAGGACCAUCCCUUCGUCCCUCUCAUUUAA